AUGCUUGAACUGGCCCUGCCUGCUUUCCACGCCCCAAGCCCGUACCCAGUUUUCAAUGCUGAACAGUCCAUGUCUGCUGUGUACACCCCAACCCCAUACCCAAUCAGCUGUCUUGAAUUGGCCCUGCCUCCGGUGCAUACCCCAACCCUGUACCCAGUGAUCGUAUUUGAACUGGCCCUGCCAGCUGUCCAUAUCCCAUCACUGUAUCCAGUGUAUGCUCUUGAACCGUCCCUGCAUACUGUCUAUACCCCAUCACUGUAUCCAGUUUAUGCUCUUGAACUGUCCCUGCAUGCUGUUGACACGCCAACUGCAUACCGAAUUGUCACUCUUGAACUGGCAAUGGCAGCUGUCUACACCCUAACCCCGUACCCACUGAGUGCACUUAAACUGGCCCUGUCUGCUGUCCAUACCCCAUCACUGUAUCCAGUUUAUGCUCUUGAACUGGCCCUGCAUGCUGUCCACAUGCCAAUCUCGCACCCAAUUGUCGCUCUUGAACCAGCAAUGGCAGCUGUCUACAGUCUAAUCCCUUAUCCCCUGAGUGCACUUGGAAUGGCCCUGUCUGCUGUCCAUACCCCAUCACUGUAUCCAGUUUAUGCUCUUCAACUGGCCCUGCAUGCUGUCCACACGCCAACCUCGUACCCAAUUGUCGCUCUUGAACUGGCCCUGCCUGGUGUCCAUACCCCAACCCUGUACCCAGUGAGCGCAUUUGAACUGGCCCUCCCUACUCUCCAUAGUCCCUCACUGUUUCCAGUUUGCGCACUAGAACAGGGCAUGCUUGCUGUCCACACACCAACCCUGUACACAGUUUUCACUCUUGAACCGGCCCUGUCAGCUGCCACACACCCAAACCCCAUACCCAGUUAG